AUGCCAGACUUUGUUGACAAGGUGUUUGAAUAUACCAGUAAGAUUUUAGGUGGAACAAACGCAGUUUUGCAGAACGUAUAUUCCACAACAGCUGACACAUUGCAAUCAUCGAUUGAUUCCACAAAAGUGGUUGGUGAAACUGUACUGAAUGGAACCAAAGGAGUGUACAGCAAGGCGCAAGAAAUUAUUCCACAAGGUUUUGAAGUAGUCACUAAUGCAACAGGGUUGUCCAAAGUCUCACAAACACCAGCGCCAACAGGCGUUACAGAUAGACUAGUUGGUUUCCUUACCAAAAACGUUUUCACUAUCGGAUUAGGGAUUGCUUUUCCGGCGGCAGGAUUUGCUGCUUAUAAUGUAUACAGAACGUUAGUGCCCUAUCAAAGAUAUGCCAAAAGGUUACAGAAUAGGUAUCGCUACGAAGUCGUUCUUGUUGUUGGAUCAAUGAAUUCUACCUUUGUUUCAAAACUAGUCAAUGACUUGAAUAACAGAGGCUACGUGGUUUUCGUUACAGUUUCGGAUGAGCAGGAACUAAGACUCGUUGAAGAAUACAAUGAUCAAGACAUAAAACCACUUGUAAUUGACUACACAAACGACUCUAGUGUUAGGAAUAGUUUGCUGAAGUUAGGUCAGUUUUUAGACAUGAAAAUUUCCAGUAUUUUCGAAGAGUCUUACUAUAAUUUUAAAGGUGUUCUUGUGAUUCCAGAUUAUUCAAAGCUACCAAAGUUAAAAUCUUUAGAAGAGUUAAGCUCAAGGGAAUUUUCACGUGUAACAGAAAAUUUCUUUUUGAAAUUCAAUACUCUGCUCUAUAAUGGUCUUCUUACUUUUAUUAGGGAAAGCAACUCCAGAAGAGAUACGGUGGAAAGUUAUAAUGGCCAAAAGGUAGAGGGUGGAUACUCCAAAUUGCUGUUUGUGAACUUUUUAGUUGUACCAAGUAAUGAUAAUAGAAGAUUAGUUCACACUCUUGCUUUGGAAAUGAACAGGUUACUUUACAACAAAUUAUACCAAGAUCAUUCUGUGUCUAUCAAAGAAUCUUUCUUGCGACUAGUUAAGAAACCAUCAAAUAUCUCGCAAAUUGAUAUGACUAUGUUAGAUAUUUAUUUACAUAAAAACAGUAACUCAACUUUAGUUUCUGAUUCUGUAUUUCAUAACGUGCUAUCCAGAGUUGGGAAAAAGUUAUCACCUAAACAAAUACAUCACAAAAUUUUUGAUUUGUUGAACCAUGAUGUCUUGAUGAAGAACUAUAAGAUUGAGAACUGA